AUGUCGAACAUCUGGAUCGCUGCCUCUGACGGCAACACCUCCCAAGUUCUCUCCUACCUCUCGGCCCGGCCAAGCCUUGUAAACGCCAAAGACGAAAACGGGUAUACCCCGAUUCACGCUGCAGCUUCGUAUGGACACCUCGAUCUACUUCGUACAUUAAUAAAAGACCAUGGUGGCGAUGUAAACCUCCGCGAUGACGAUGGCGAUACACCGUUAUUUACAGCUGAGACUGUGGAGGUUGCGAAGCUUUUGGUCGAAGAGUUGGGGGCUGAUUGGAGUUUGAAGAAUGAUGAUGGGUUGACAGCUGCUGAAACAAUUGAAGGAGAAGAUGCAUACCCCCUCGUAGCAGAGUACCUCCAAACACUGGCAUCCAAAGAAGCGAUCUUGAGUUCAGACGCUGGAGUUCCACCGGCCGGUAUCGCAGUCAAUCUCACAUCUAUGGACGAAGUCGCCGAAGAACUAGAGCCGGUCGACGAAGAGUUUAAGAGAAAGAUUGAAGAACUAGCAUCAAGACCUGGAGAGUAUACUCAGGAAGAACUGCGACAGCUGGUUACUGAGGCUGUUCAUAAACACAUUUUGGAACCUGAGGAGAGGAAUGUUAAAGCGAAGGAGAGCAGGGAGGAGUGA